AGUAUAAAGUGGUUUAAAUGGUAAAACUUAUAUAAAUCAUGAAAGGUCAAACCGUUUUCUUGAAAAUAGUAUGGUUAAACUGGUUUCUGGUUGUAUUGCAAUGCUCAGCCGAGAACUGCACUGUUUCAAGUCCACUGCACGGUACUACGGACUGUACAGGCACUGUUGACGUAGGAACGAUUUGCAACAUAACUUGUGAUGAUGGGUAUUUCAAUAAUUCUGUAAGAAGUGCCGAGUGCAUCAAACAAGAUGAGUGGGAUAACAAUAAUUGGAAUGAUACCUGUCAAGCUAUCAUGUGUCCUGAAUCGUCAUUUAUUGCAAAUUCACAACAAUCAACAUGCAUCCCCAGCAAUAGUUACAAUGAUACAUGCGAUAUUACUUGCUUGGAUGGAUAUUAUAACGAUGGAGAUAAACAAGCAACAUGCAAAGACACAAAUGAAAAUAAUGAUACAAAUAAAUAUGGUGAUUGGAAUGAAGGAAGCGCAAAUUGUACAGCUAUCACGUGUCCUGUUUCAUUCACAAUAAUUUCAAAUUCGCAACAAUCAAACUGCACCAGCAUCAGUUUCAAUGAUACAUGCGAUAUUACUUGUUUGGAUGGAUAUUAUAAUGAUGGAGAUAAACAAGCAACAUGCACAGAUUCAAAUGAAAAUAAUGAUACAAAUAGAGAUGGUAAUUGGGAUGAAGGAAGCGCAAAUUGUACAGCUAUCACGUGUCCUGUUUCAUUCACAAUAAUUUCAAAUUCGCAACAAUCAAACUGCACCAGCAUCAGUUUCAAUGAUACAUGCGAUAUUACUUGCUUGGAUGGAUAUUAUAACGAUGGAGAUAAACAAGCAACAUGCACAGAUUCAAAUGAAAAUAAUGAUACAAAUAGAGAUGGUAAUUGGGAUGAAGGAAGCGCAAAUUGUACAGCUAUCACGUGUCCUGUUUCAUUCACAAUAAUUUCAAAUUCGCAACAAUCAAACUGCACCAGCAUCAGUUUCAAUGAUACAUGCGAUAUUACUUGCUUGGAUGGAUAUUAUAACGAUGGAGAUAAACAAGCAACAUGCACAGAUUCAAAUAAAAAUAAUGAUACAAAUAGAGAUGGUAAUUGGCAUGAAGGAAGCGCAAAUUGUACAGCUAUCACGUGUCCUGUUUCAUUCACAAUAAUUUCAAAUUCGCAACAAUCAAACUGCACCAGCAUCAGUUUCAAUGAUACAUGCGAUAUUACUUGCUUGGAUGGAUAUUAUAACGAUGGAGAUAAACAAGCAACAUGCACAGAUUCAAAUGAAAAUAAUGAUACAAAUAGAGAUGGUAAUUGGGAUGAAGGAAGCGCAAAUUGUACAGCUAUCACGUGUCCUGUUUCAUUCACAAUAAUUUCAAAUUCGCAACAAUCAAACUGCACCAGCAAUAAUUUCAAUGAUACAUGCGAUAUUACUUGCUUGGAUGGAUAUUAUAAUGAUGGAGAUAAACAAGCAACGUGCACAAAUUCAAUUGAAAAUAAUGAUACAAAUAGGGAUGGUAAUUGGGAUGAAGGAAGCGCAAAUUGUACAGCUAUCACGUGUCCUGUUUUAUUCACAAUAAUUUCAAAUUCGCAACAAUCAAACUGCACCAGCAAUAAUUUCAAUGAUAAAUGCGAUAUUACUUGCUUGGAUGGAUAUUAUAACGAUGGAGAUAAACAAGCAACCUGCACAGAUUCAAAUCAAAAUAAUGAUACAAAUAGAGAUGGUAAUUGGGAUAAAGGAAGCGCAAAUUGUACAGCGAGUUGCGAUGUUAUAUCACCCCCGACCGGAAUGGCUAUUUUCAUAUAUAUUGUAAGAAUUAUUUGUUGA